UCCAGUACACUAAUGUGUUGUUGUGUACUUCUCGAAACGGUCAUCCUCCCUACUGUUAUUGUUUACCUGAGGAGCUUCUACAAGAUGAAUUUAGCUAAAAAUAAAUUAUUGUGCUGUGAGUCCCCAGUGUUUACGUCUUUCUUCAUUGUGAUCUGAGCCGACAGCAUCUCCAUAAUGUCUGACUGACUUCGUGAGGAGACGGAUGGUUUUCUCACAGCAGCAGAGGAGCUAAUGGUCCACAUUAUUAUAAUCUGGCCGCCCUCACAUAUACAGUCCUUGGAUUCCUCCGUGAUUGAGAAUGGAUGGUAAGCAGUCUCUACAGGCCAGCAUGAACUCCUCAUACAUUCCUUCUGUGGUUUCCUCCUUGAGUGACAAAGAGCAUUCAGAUGCUGAGGUGACGGGGGACGACACUGCCCCAUUGCUGUCCCGACAGCAGCCAGUGGGACCCCUGGUGACCCGUCACAGCCCAGAUGACUCCUACAAUCUAGUUUACAUCAUCUUCUUCCUGAUGGGCAUCGGCUCUCUGCUGCCCUGGAACGUGUUCAUCACUGCCAAACACUACUGGCUGUACAAGCUCAGCAACAGCUCCAGCCCUGCAGGUCAGGAGGAAUCUCACAACGACCUCAGUGACUACUUUGAGAGUUACAUCGCCAUUGCUUCUGCCAUUCCCUCAGUGCUGUGUCUCAUCCUCAACUACCUCCUGGUCAACAGGUUCUCCUCUCAGGUCCGGAUACUGUUCUCUCUGGUGGUGAUCCUGGUUGUGUUUGUGGUGACCACAGUGCUGGUGAAAGUGGACACGUCUGGCUAUAGGGUGCAGUUUUUUGAGGGUACACUAGCAAGUGUGGCUCUGGUCAGUGGGGCGUCUAACAUCUUCACUGGCAGUGUGUUCGGCAUCAGCGGCCACUUUCCCAUGAGGAUAUCUCAAGCUUACAUAUCAGGUCAGGCGAUGGGCGGCACUUUGAGUGCGGUGUCUUCAAUAGUAGAUCUGGCUGUGUCAGGCGAUGUGACCAGCAGUGCGCUGGUGUUUUUCCUCAGCGCUGUGAUCUUCACUGUUGUGUGUAUCAUCAUGUACCUGAUGCUGCCCAGACUGGAAUACUCAAGAUACUACAUGGAAUUAGCUGCUUUACCCUCCACCGAGUCCAACGGCCUCAGCAGCAGCUCAGAAGCAUCGGCUAAAUCUGUGCCACCUCUCAAACCCAUCCUGAAGAAGACCUGGGUGCUGGGCUUCUGCGUCUUCUACGUCUUCUUCAUCUCCAUUAUGAUUUUCCCCGCCUUGUCCUCCGGAAUCCAAUCCAUGAACCAAGACUCUGGGAACCCAUGGUCCACCACAUACUUUGUGCCUCUGACUAGCUUUUUACUGUACAACGUUGCAGAUUUCAGUGGCCGGCAGAUGACCGCAUGGCUGCAGGUCCCGGGACCCACCAGUGGCUUGCUGCCGUUGCUGGUCAUCUGCAGAACGGUUUUGGUUCCUCUGUUUGUCUUCUGCAACUAUCAGCCGCGGUACCAUCUGCACAACGUCUUCUUUGCACAUGACCUCUUCCCUGUGGUCUUCAUCUGCGUGUUGGGGGUUUCUAACGGGUAUCUGGGCACACUGCCGAUGAUCUACGGGCCCAAAGUUGUGCCGCGGGAACUUGCUGAGCCUGCGGGUGUCAUCAUGUCCUUUUUCCUUACACUUGGGUUGGCUGUGGGUUCAGCUUUCUCCGUGGGACUCGUUCAUAGUAUAUGAUGGCCAAUCAAUGACCUAGGACAGACUGUUUACACUACUGCACUCGGGUUUUGGCCAAAUCCACCAUUUUCAUCAUUUUUCAGAUUUUAUGCAUUUUAAUGGUCCAAAUUACUUGGAUCUGUAUUAUGUUCUUGAUUUUAAAGGGAAAAUUCAUCCCAAAAUGAACAUUUCUUCUCCAUUUACUUGCACUCGAGUGGUUCUAAACUUUAAUACGUUUCUUUUUCUGUUGAAUACAAAGGAAGAUAUUUUGAAGAAUGCUG